AUGGGUAUCACCGUCCGGCUUACUAGGGACUCUGAUGCCACGAGAAGUGAGCCCACUUUCCCUUACUGCGGGCAGAACUACGAGGAUCUGAAGCGCCAGUCUAAGCAGCGGGGGUCUCUCUUCACCGACCCUUUCUUUAAAGCCAGUCCCGAAUCGAUUGGCUACAAUGAACUGGGGCCUGGUUCCAUGGCCAUCCAGAGACUGAUUUGGAAGAGGCCGAAGGUCAGAUCCAAGAAAAGAAGGAAUGACAACUCUUUACUGUUCCCGCAGGAAAUCUGCAGGUACCCCAGGUUUAUCUGUGAAGGAAUGAGCCGGACUGAUGUCUGCCAGGGACAAGUGGGAGACUGCUGGUUCCUGGCCGCAGCUGCAUCCCUCACCUUGUACCCGCAGCUGCUGAGACGGGUGGUCCCUCAGGAGCAGAGUUUCGAGGCUGAGGAUUACGUCGGCAUGUUCCACUUCCGGUUCUGGCAAUACGGGCAGUGGAUGGACGUGGUGGUGGACGACCUCCUGCCCACGGUGGACGGAAAGCUGCUUUUCGUGAGCUCUGCAGAAAGGAACGAGUUCUGGAUGCCUUUGCUGGAGAAAGCCUAUGCCAAACUGAAUGGUUCCUAUGAGGCCAUGAAUGGCGGAUACAUGAACGAGGCCUUUGUGGACUUCACGGGUGGAAUCGGGGAAACCAUCAGCCUGAAGACCCCAAACCCAAACCUCUUCAGAACCAUUAAGGAGGCCCUGAGAAAGCGCUCUAUGAUGGGGGCGCAUAUCCAGAUUAAAGACCUCCAGGAGAGGGAAGCAAAUACCCCGGAGGGACUGGUGAAGGGGCAUGCUUACUCCAUCACAGCGGUCUACAAGCUGGACGUGGGGGGCAAGAAGGUGAAGCUGAUCCGGCUGCGGAACCCCUGGGGCAAAGUGGAGUGGCGAGGGCGUUGGAGCGACCAUUCCCCGCUGUGGUCGGAUUUGGAUCCUGUCCUCCAGAACAAGCUGCGCGUGAGCAAGGAAGAUGGAGAGUUUUGGAUGCAGCUGGUCGAUUUUGUCCGUCACUUUGAUACCCUGGAACUCUGCCAUUUGAGUGCGGAUGAACUCCAGGGGAAGGAAACACCCUCCAGCUGGAAUCUCAGCUGCUUCCAAGGCUGCUGGGUCAGAGGCUACACGGCCGGGGGACGGCAGAACUUCAACCCUUCAGGCACCUUCUGGAUGAACCCCCAGUAUCACGUGUCUCUGCGGGAACCGGAUGAGCUGGAGGUGAAGAGGCAAAAGAAAAUGGAGCGUCAAGGACAAGAUCCCACCUGCACUCUCCUCGUUUCCCUGAUGCAGAAAGACCGGCGCAGGAGCAGACAGAGAGGAAAGGACUUCCUGCUCAUCUCUUUUGACAUCUUCCAGGUUCCCAUGCAGUAUCUACAGGCAAACAGCACCGCCCAAAGGAAGGCCCUUCUCCCUGGUCUCAGACCCGUCGGCCAUCCUUUCUUUGGCUAUGCCAGGGACAUCACGGGACAUCUUCAGCUGCCCCCCGGAGACUACCUGAUCAUCCCAAGCACCCAAAACCCCCUGGAGGAAGCAGAUUUCACCCUCCGCAUCUUCACUGAAAAGGCGCAUCAGUUCUCGGAAAUUGACGAUGAGAUUACGGCUGAUGAGAAGACAAUGCAGGUGAUGAAAGCACCCACAACUGGGCAAGACCAAACGCUUGAGAAAACGUUCCUAGGGCAGGCGGGACAGGAUCAGCAAGUAGGCACCGCAGAACUCCAGCACAUUCUCAACAAGGCAAUGGCCAGCCUGAGUCACCUGCAGACGGACGGCUUUUCCUUGGACGCCUGCCAGAGAAUCAUCCAGGAUUUUGGUCAAAGUGGGGUGGGCAGGCUGACCCUGCAUGAGUUUCUGCAACUCUGGACUAAGAUAAAGGAAUGGGAGGGUAUCUUCAUUGCCUAUGACAAAGACAGGUCUGGUGCCAUGAACUUCAACGAAAUGCGACUUGCCCUGGAUGCCGCAGGGUUCCACUUAAACAAGCAGACGAUCAUGGCGCUCGUGCAGAUAUAUGCCAACCCCUGGCUUCAGAUCGACUUUGAUGACUUCGUUUCCCUCAUGGUUCACCUGGGAGCCGCCUUCCAGCGGUGCAAAAGCCGAGACUCUAACGGCGACGGACUGAUCUACAUGACACAAAAGGAGUGGAUGGGACUGAUCACCUUCCCCUGAUCCAGAAGA